AUGCCGGAGGCAAGCGCUACAUUCUGCUCACUCGUCGCAGCAGAAACAGGGGCGGUUGUCGUCAGCCUGAGCUACCGCUUCGCGCCUGUACAUCCUUUCCCGGCUGCGAUCGAUGACGUUGACGCAGCGCUUGCGUGGCUUCGGCAGCAUGCUGCAGAGGAGUUUGGCGCGGAUCCGACACUGAUGACGGCCUCGGGCGCCUCGGCGGGAGGCAAUCUGGUUCUGGCAGCGAGUCAACAGAUACCGUCUAAGGAGUUCGCCAUUCGCGCCGCCAUCACCUUUUACGCGCCGGUCGAUCUGCGUCCCAGACCAGAAGAUAAGCCACGCCCCGCGAGCUUUCCUAGGACAGAUCCAAUGUCGUUCAUACAACCACUUUAUGAUUCAUACGCGGCACCAUCAAAGGCAAAGGACAUGGACAACCCAAGGAUGAGUCCUUGCUUAGCCAGUGAGGAGACAUUGCCCGAGAAUAUGUUGCUCGUGGUCGCUGCCAUCGACAUCCUGGUCCAGGAACAGUUGAUGUUCGUGGAGCGAGUUAAGAAAGAACGGAAAGAAAAGGCGCCUGAUAUUGUGGUCCAAGUGGAAAAGAAGAUGGCCAUGUUAGGCAAAGGUCUUGAGCUUAUUAAGCGCACCCACGCGCAAUAUGAUUAUCGCUGGGAGAGGGCAUCUUGA